GGCCCCGACGAUGAGCCUGGCGCUCUUAAUCCUGUCACUCCAGCCAUGAUCCAGCUUCCAAGUCCGAUUCAAGAGAGUAUUGCGAUCAGCUUGAACCUAGAACUUGAUCGGUCCAGCCUUCUCGCAGGACACGACUCAAGGUACGGUCAUUGUUGUCCUGCUGGCAACACAGGAACGACUCUCAUUCCUGGCUUAGCUGUCAUACCGUUUUCUGGCUACCAAGCCAAUGUACUCACGUUGAACACUCAAGUC